AUGCUCCCCUCCCUGCUAUGGUUCCUCUCCUUCCUUCCCUGCUGUGGUUCCUCUGCUCCUCUCCCUACUGUGGUUCUUCUCCUCCCCUCCCUGCUGUGGUUCCCCUGCUCCCCUCCCUGCUGUGACUCCUCUCCUCCCUUCCCUGCUGUGGUUCACCUGCUCCCUUCCCUGCUGUGGUUCCUCUCCUCCCUUCCCUGCUGUGGUUCCCCUGCUCCUCUCCCUGCUGUGGUUCCUCUCCUCCCCUCCCUGCUGUGGUUCCUCUCCUCCCCUCCAUGCUGUGGUUCCUCUCCUCCCUUCCCUGCUGUGGUUCCCACGCUCCCCUCCCUGCUAUGGUUCCUCUCCUCUCUUCCCUGCUGUGGUUCCCCUGCUCCUCUCCCUGAUGUGGUUCCUCUCCUCCCCUCCCUUCUGUGGUUCCUCUCCUCCCCUCCAUGCUGUGGUUCCUCUCCUCCCCUGCUGUGGUUCCCACGCUCCCCUCCCUGCUAUGGUUCCUCUCCUCCCUUCCCUGCUGUGGUUCCCCUGCUCCUCUCCCUGCUGUGGUUCCUCUCCUCCCCUCCCUGCUGUGCUUCCUCUCCUCCCCUCCAUGCUGUGGUUCCUCUCCUCCCUUCCCUGCUGUGGUUCCCACGCUCCCCUCCCUGCUAUGGUUCCUCUCCUCCCUUCCCUGCUGUGGUUCCCCUGCUCCUCUCCUUGCUGUGGUUCCUCUCCUCCCCUCCCUGCUAUGGUUCCUCUCCUCCCUUCCCUGCUGUGGUUCCCCUGCUCCUCUCCCUGCUGUGGUUCCUCUCCUCCCCUCCCUGCUGUGGUUCCUCUCCUCCCCUCCAUGCUGUGGUUCCUCUCCUCCCUUCCCUGCUGUGGUUCCCCUGCUCCUCUCCCUGCUGUGGUUCCUCUCCUCCCCUCCCUGCUGUGGUUCCUCUCCUCCCCUCCAUGCUGUGGUUCCUCUCCUCCCUUCCUUGCUGUGGUUCCCACGCUCCCCUCCCUGCUAUGGUUCCUCUCCUCCCUUCCCUGCUGUGGUUCACCUGCUCCCUUCCCUGCUGUGGUUCCUCUCCUCCCUUCCCUGCUGUGGUUCCCCUGCUCCUCUCCCUUCUGUGGUUCCUCUCCUCCCCUCCCUGCUGUGGUUCCUCUCCUCCCCUCCAUGCUGUGGUUCCUCUCCUCCCUUCCCUGCUGUGGUUCCCACGCUCCCCUCCCUGCUAUGGUUCCUCUCCUCCCUUCCCUGCUGUGGUUCCCCUGCUCCUCUCCCUGCUGUGGUUCCUCUCCUCCCCUCCCUGCUGUGGUUCCUCUCCUCCCCUCCAUGCUGUGGUUCCUCUCCUCCCUUCCCUGCUGUGGUUCCCACGCUCCCCUCCCUGCUAUGGUUCCUCUCCUCCCUUCCCUGCUGUGGUUCACCUGCUCCCUUCCCUGCUGUGGUUCCUCUCCUCCCGUCCCGGAUGUGGUUCCCCUGCUCCUCUCCCUUCUGUGGUUCCUCUCCUCCCCUCCCUGCUGUGGUUCCUCUCCUCCCCUCCAUGCUGUGGUUCCUCUCCUCCCUUCCCUGCUGUGGUUCCCACGCUCCCCUCCCUGCUAUGGUUCCUCUCCUCCCUUCCCUGCUGUGGCUCCCCUGCUCCUCUCCCUGCUGUGGUUCCUCUCCUCCCCUCCCUGCUGUGGUUCCCCUGCUCCCCUCCCUGCUGUCACUCCUCUCCUCCCUUCCCUGCUGUGGUUCACCUGCUCCUUUCCCUGCUGUGGUUCCUCUCCUCCCUUCCCUGCUGUGGUUCCCCUGCUCCUCUCUUUGCUGUGGUUCCUCUCCUCCCCUCCCUGCUGUGCUCGGAGCACUGCAAUUCCACCAUUCAUCUCCUCUAG